AUGACCGUAGUGGAACUGCGUCUCAACGGGGUCUCAAAGGUUUUGUUCGAUAAAUCUGUUAUACCUGAUUUAAGCUCUGAAUCCUCGGCAAAAGAGAUGAGAAAUGCCGCGUUGGAGCAUAUGAAAGAAAGGGACGUAGAUACUUCUGUCCGCGUAAAAAAACGAAACUUUGCAGAAAUUGCCUGUCAAUGGAAUGGCAUCAGUUCCGGAGCGAUACAUAUCGUCACCGAAAAGCUUGGAAAUAGCGAUUUCUUUCACCCUCUCACCGAUGAAGAACGAGCAAUCGCCAGAUUACUUCAAGAAGUCAACGUCGUUACAUCGCACGUUCCUGGGUCGAACGCAUCUAAAGUAAAAAUGAGGAAUGAGAUUCGCGCAAUGAUGAUUGAGAAAGGCCUACCAUCUUUUUAUAUCACUCUUAAUCCCGCCGACGUAUUCAAUCCAAUCAUCUCAGUCAUGGUUAAUUGCUAA